CUCCCCCACCCCCCCCACUCAAGUCCUGCGGACCUGGGGGCUUCGGGAUCUGGGCGCUAUGAAAAGUGUCUGCCCAGUCACUUCCGGUUUUUCUUCCCCCAAUCCCUCAGCUGCUGCUGCUGCUCAGGAGGUCAGAUCUGCCACUGAUGGUAAUACCAGCACCACUCCGCCCACCUCUGCCAAGAAGAGAAAGUUAAACAGCAGCAGCAGUAGCGGCAGUAACAGUAGUAACGAGAGAGAAGACUUUGAUUCCGCCUCUUCCUCUUCCUCCACUCCUCCUUUACAACCCAGGGAUUCGGCAUCCCCUUCAACCUCGUCCUUCUGCCUGGGGGUUUCAGUGGCUACUUCCAGCCACGUACCGAUACAGAAGAAGCUGCGUUUUGAAGACACCCUGGAGUUUGUAGGGUUUGAUGCGAAGAUGGCUGAGGAAUCUUCCUCUUCUUCCUCCUCAUCUUCACCAACUGCUGCAACAUCUCAGCAGCAGCAACUUAAAAAUAAGAGUAUAUUAAUCUCUUCUGUGGCUUCGGUGCAUCACGCAAACGGCCUAGCCAAAUCUUCUGCCACCACUUCUAGCUUUGCUAACAGCAAGCCUGGCUCUGCUAAGAAGUUAGUGAUCAAGAACUUUAAAGAUAAGCCCAAAUUACCAGAGAACUACACGGAUGAAACAUGGCAGAAGCUGAAAGAAGCAGUGGAAGCUAUCCAGAAUAGUACUUCGAUUAAGUACAAUUUAGAAGAACUCUAUCAGGCUGUAGAAAAUCUCUGUUCCUACAAGAUUUCUGCAAACUUGUACAAACAGCUGAGACAGAUUUGUGAAGAUCACAUCAAAGCACAAAUUCAUCAGUUCAGAGAGGAUUCAUUGGAUAGUGUUCUUUUUCUAAAGAAAAUUGAUAGAUGCUGGCAAAACCAUUGCAGACAAAUGAUCAUGAUCAGGAGCAUUUUUCUGUUUCUGGAUAGAACUUACGUUCUGCAAAAUUCAAUGCUACCCUCCAUUUGGGACAUGGGACUGGAGUUAUUUAGGGCUCAUAUUAUAAGUGAUCAGAAAGUCCAGAAUAAGACAAUUGAUGGCAUUCUUCUCUUGAUUGAGAGGGAAAGGAACGGUGAAGCAAUUGAUAGAAGUUUACUCCGAAGCCUUUUAAGCAUGCUCUCUGAUUUGCAAAUUUAUCAGGAUUCUUUUGAACAACGAUUUUUGGAAGAAACUAACCGGCUCUAUGCAGCUGAAGGCCAAAAAUUAAUGCAGGAAAGAGAGGUUCCUGAAUAUCUUCAUCAUGUUAACAAACGUCUAGAAGAAGAAGCAGACAGACUUAUUACUUACUUAGAUCAGACCACCCAGAAGUCAUUAAUUGCUACUGUAGAAAAACAACUUCUAGGUGAACACUUAACCGCAAUUCUUCAGAAAGGUUUAAAUAACCUCCUUGAUGAAAACCGAAUUCAAGAUUUAUCUCUUCUGUAUCAACUCUUCAGUAGAGUUCGAGGUGGGGUUCAGGUUCUCCUGCAGCAGUGGAUUGAAUAUAUUAAGGCAUUUGGCAGCACUAUUGUAAUUAAUCCUGAAAAAGAUAAAACCAUGGUUCAAGAAUUGCUGGAUUUUAAAGAUAAGGUUGACCAUAUAAUUGAUAUUUGCUUUCUGAAAAAUGAAAAAUUUAUCAAUGCCAUGAAGGAAGCAUUUGAGACAUUCAUUAACAAAAGACCGAACAAGCCUGCUGAACUUAUAGCUAAGUAUGUAGAUUCAAAGCUUCGUGCAGGCAACAAAGAAGCUACAGAUGAAGAACUUGAAAAAAUGUUGGAUAAAAUUAUGAUCAUAUUUAGAUUUAUCUAUGGUAAGGAUGUUUUCGAGGCCUUCUAUAAGAAAGAUUUAGCCAAGCGCCUGCUAGUUGGGAAGAGUGCAUCUGUAGAUGCUGAAAAAUCGAUGCUGUCCAAACUUAAACAUGAAUGUGGAGCUGCUUUCACCAGCAAACUUGAAGGAAUGUUUAAAGACAUGGAGCUUUCUAAAGACAUCAUGAUUCAGUUCAAACAGGUAAAAUAUAUGCAGAACCAGAAUGUACCUGGGAAUAUUGAAUUAACUGUGAAUAUCCUGACAAUGGGUUAUUGGCCAACAUAUGUGCCUAUGGAAGUCCAUUUACCACCAGAGAUGGUGAAACUUCAGGAGAUUUUCAAGACAUUUUACCUAGGCAAACAUAGUGGCCGGAAACUUCAAUGGCAGUCAACCCUAGGGCACUGUGUACUAAAGGCAGAAUUUAAAGAGGGUAAAAAAGAACUCCAGGUCUCUCUUUUCCAAACCCUGGUGCUGCUAAUGUUUAAUGAGGGAGAAGAGUUCAGUUUAGAAGAAAUCAAGCAGGCUACUGGAAUAGAGGAUGGAGAAUUAAGGAGAACACUGCAGUCAUUGGCCUGUGGCAAAGCUAGAGUUCUGGCAAAAAAUCCAAAGGGCAAAGAUAUUGAAGAUGGUGACAAGUUCAUUUGUAAUGAUGAUUUCAAGCACAAACUUUUCAGGAUAAAGAUCAAUCAAAUCCAGAUGAAAGAAACGGUUGAGGAACAAGCAAGCACUACAGAAAGAGUAUUUCAAGACAGACAGUAUCAAAUUGAUGCUGCAAUUGUUCGAAUUAUGAAGAUGAGAAAGACACUUAGCCACAAUCUUCUUGUUUCGGAAGUGUACAACCAGCUGAAAUUUCCAGUAAAGCCUGCUGAUCUUAAGAAGAGAAUAGAAUCCUUAAUUGAUCGGGAUUACAUGGAAAGAGAUAAAGAAAAUCCAAACCAGUACAAUUAUAUCGCAUAAAACCUUGGCCUCCAAAUAUUUGGUGUCAUACACAGUAGCCAGUGGAUAAACUAACCUGUUGAUCCUAUAUUGUUUGACUUCUUUUAUACUACCAAUGACCAAAUGAAGCAGUGUAAUGGAAAUAGUUGAGUCGACUUUUUCAGUGGUUAACAUGCCCAUUUAAAGAGUUAAUACUUAACCUUUAAGAAGAAUGUUGUUGAACUCUUUGCAUGUUAUUUAGUAUGAUGUGCAGAAAAUUCUUAAGAAAGUACCUGGUCUUCAUGAUUCCUCUUUGGAACUGGGGAAGAGGUCCAAUGGCUAUUAAAAAAGGAGGGGGGGUUCUUAUACACCAUUAAUUAUGAAGCAAAGGGUUUAUUUGCUUAAAAUGUCAUUUAAAGAUACUUAAACUGCAUGCAAACUUUAUUUACUGUACAGAGUUCUGGAUGUAUUUAUCAAAUAGAAAAACCACCCUGGACUUGGUUGUUCACCUGUUUUGUGAUUUCCCUUGAAAAGAAAAAUAAGUUGUCAUAGCUAUUGAUAUUUUACUAAGUAAUGUUCUGUUACACUGAAAGGGAUGUUUUAAAAAAAAAACUUAUUUGGAAACAAGUUUUCAAGUAGAGGGACAGUUGCUUACAUAAUCUCUUGUAUAUGCACAUCCUAAGAUGUUCUGUUUGUGACCAUGGGAUGUGUGUAUAUGGCUUAGCCCUGUUUACUGUUCUGAUUAACAGGUACUUAUAAAAAUAGCUGAAAUAGAAAAUUGCUGAUCAGCUGUACUAGAAGAACAUGGUAGGAGAGAAAAACCCAAUUCUUGAUACAAAAAAUGAAAACAAUAUGAAUAUUGCAAAAGAGACCAAAACCCAUGUGUUUUGUAAAUUUUAAUAAGAGCAAAAAUUCAUCAACUAGUUUUCAAUUUCCUUUAGACUUUAAUGUUGUUUGGACAGUUUUAUCUUCAACUUGGACCAAUUAUUAGAUUGUUACAGGCUUCCUAGGAUUUAGCAUUCCUGUUUUCUCUACCAAAGUUUUUUUGGGAAGCACCCCAACUCUCUGUUUUGCUAAAUAAACCUUUCAUCCUUCUAACUUCCUCAAGACAUAGAUGUAAAGGUCUUCCUUUAUUUUCACCAUAUACCCCCUAGUUGGGAAUUUCAAAAUCUGUAUUAUGCUGAUCUUGCUCCUUUCAAAAUUUCUUGAAGAGUUCUCAUAGUCACUGGACAUCUGCUUUUCAGGGGAAUGUCCUAGGAUUGUUCAUACAUAGAAAAUAGCAAAAGUAUUGUUACUCAAAUUUGUAAUGUGAGUAAAAAGGCUUCUCUUUAGCAUC